UGGUCAGGGAACUAGAUCCCACAUGCCGAAACUAGGACCCGGCGCAGCCAAAUAAAUGUUAAUAAAAAGUCUGUGUGUGGUGUGACACUAUUUCUUGUUUGUUUGUUGUUUUUAAAGCCAAAAAACAGUAAUGAAAGCUGCAUUUCCACCAGAAACACAGAUCUAAAGUAUCACAGGAUCUGAAAAAUCAUAGCAUACAUAAAGGUUUUAAAUGUUUGCUAUGGUCUAGAUGAACUAUUUCAUUUUUUUAAAAAAUGCACAUGUCCCCAGGAAGAUAAGUAUUUAGGUAUUCUUUGCAACACUGUAAUAACAAAAUUGGACGCAACCCAAACGUCCACGAUUAACGCAUAAGUUGAUACACUUAUACAGUGGAAUACUAUACAAGUCAAAAUGAAUGAAUAUAACUAAGAAGAAUCAAUUUAGAUAGUUCCCUGAUGUUGAGUGAAAAAAAAACAGAUUUACAGAAUAAUUUAUGUACAGUGCUAAACGAUGUAUGUAAAUGUAUUAUAAGCACAAACAGGGCAGAGUUAACUGUUCUUGAGCACCUACUAUGUGCCAGGUGCCUACCUUAACCCCCAGAGCAACCCUAUGAGCUAGUUACUGAUACUCUGUCUUUUCACAGAGUAGGAAACUGAGGCUCGGUGAGGUGCAGCCCUGCCCAGGGACACAGCCGGAGGAAGCCUAGGUCUGGGACCCACUGGCCAGCCCCUUGAGGCCCCUCCCUGCUCGGCCGGUCCAGGGACUCGGGUCUCAGGCCUGGGCCAGGAUUCUGAGCAAGAAGCCCUGCAACUUCAGCCGCUGCUCCUGCCAUGCCCGCCCCUCACUCACCUCACAAUGCCUCCCAUUCAGCCCUGUCCCCGCUGCCAGGUCUGCGGGCUGGGAGGGGGGCUCCCGCUGGCGUCCAGGCAGGGACCGUUGCCAGCCUUCCCCUGUGCUGCAUUUCCAGGCUGGACUGGCCGUGCGAUCGGCAUGGCGGGGUGAGUCUUUGGGCCCUGCGGUGGCAAGGUGGGUUAGAGAAGCUGAGUGCCUCCAGGCAAACCCCUGCCCCUCUCUGGGCCUCUCAGGGGCUGGGGGACAGGGGCUCUGGGAUCUCCCGGGGCAGAGAUUCUCCAAGGGUCUCUCCGAAAUGGGUUCCGAGGAAGACGGUGAACGUGGCCGCUCCCAGGAGCUCCCCUGGGCUAGUCCUCCAGGAGCCUGUCUGAGCGCUAGGCAGGCCUGAGGCCUGGACGCUUGUCCCUCAGGGAUCUGUCCCCACACCCCCGACCUGCCCUGAGCCUCAGCCUCACUACAGCUCUACAGGAUGCCACCAGCCCCAAGGCCGGGCUGGACCCUGGGACCCCAAGGAAACUGAAAACCGCAUGGUGACAGCCAACCCAGUGAGUGGAACACGGGAGGCUCAGGGUGGGAGUCAGCCCAGGGAUCAGGAAGGGUUGCUCAGAGAGCUGAGGACAGAGGGAAAAGCUGGUGAGGCAGAGAGGAGGGAGCUGCUUUGCGUGCUGAUGGUGGGGGAGCCCGGGGUGACACUGAAGGGUCUGAGCGGGUACCAGCUGGGGAAUCAGGAGUCAGGAUUUCCCAGCAAAGGCAGUGAGGAGAGGCUGGAGGGAUUUCAGCCGGGGGUGUCAGGGCCCGUCUGUAUCUUGGAAAGUUCCCUUUGGUUGGUGGUGAGCGGAAGUGGGGAAGCCAGGAGUGCCACCGUGGCGCGGCCCUCCCUGUGGAGAGGCAGGCGGUAGUUGUGAGGUAAAGGGGUCCAGCUGGGUAUUGGGUAGACGGGGAGUGGAUGGACAGACAGGAAAGUGGACAGACCUUGCCCAAAGCACAGCCCCAAGGCCAUACCCGCAGUUCCCCCCAUCCCAGGCCAGGCCAGCGGGGUGGCACUAAGAUGAAGAGAGGACAACACAUGAAUAAACAAGAGAGAAGUCGGAGCCCCUUGCUUGCCUGUCAGAGUGGCUCUGACCAGCCAUUAAGGCUCCUCAGGGCUUUCGGAUCCCACGACACCUGGUCUCCCAAGUUGUGCCAGCCCUGGGUCCUCCCCUCCGGCUGCCAGGCUGUCUUCUCGAGGUGGGUGCCAUUACGCUCCCUGCCACCACGGUGCUGAUGCCACUUCCGUCUGAGGAACGGCUGAUUCUCUCUCCACCGCCAACCUCACCCUGGGAGGACACAACUCCCCCUGGACCCGGGGGCUUCUGCACAGCCUGGGCACACCUCUGAACUGCAUUCGGAAAGGCCUCACUGAGCCACUGGCAGACAAUCAAAGGGACUUGCCAGGUUGCCUUUCUGAGCCUGUUUCCUCUGGUAUAAAACAGGGAUAACAAUGCAAUCUAUGCUCUGGGGAGGGUUUGGAGGCUCAGGGUAAUGACAGCUUCCCUGGGGCCAAAGGAGGAAGACAUCUGAGGGGCUCUGGGACAAGAGCUGGGGCUCAGUGAGUGGACAGUGUGGGACCCUUGCUUCUGUGAACACCUGACCCUUCUUCUCUCUGCCAGGCCCCAGAGUGUCUCCGUGGUGCUGCUGCUUCCUCUGCUGCUGCCACUGGGGCCAACCUGGCAUGCAGCUGCCCAGCGCUGCCCACAGACCUGCGUCUGCGACAAUUCCAGGCGGCAUGUGGCCUGCCGGCACCAGAACCUCACCGAGGUGCCGAAUGCCAUCCCUGAGCUGACCCAGCGGCUGGACCUCCAGGGCAACAUGCUGAAGCUGAUCCCCCCAGCUGCCUUCCGGGACCUGCCUUACCUGACACACCUGGACCUGCGGCACUGCCAGGUGGAGCUGGUGGCCGAGGGUGCCUUCCGAGGCCUGGGCCGCCUGCUCCUCCUCAACCUGGCCUCCAACCGCCUGAACGCGCUGCCCCAGGAGGCGCUGGACGGGCUAGGCUCGCUGCGGCGGCUGGAGCUGGAGGGGAACCUGCUGGAGGAGCUGCGGCCGGGGACGUUCGGGGCGCUGGGCGCGCUGGCCACGCUGAAUCUGGCCCACAACGCCCUCGUCUACCUGCCCGCCAUGGCCUUCCAGGGGCUGGUGCGCGCCCGCUGGCUGCAGCUGUCCCACAACGCGCUCAGCGUGCUGGCCCCCGAGGCCCUGGCCGGCCUGCCCGCCCUGCGCCGCCUCAGCCUGCACCACAAUGAGCUGCAGUCCCUGCCCGGAGCGACCUUGUCCCAGGCCCGCGGCCUGGCCCGCCUCGAGCUGGGCCACAACCCCUUCACCUACACGGGCGAGGAGGACGGGCUGGUGCUGCCCGGCCUGCGGGAGUUGAGGCUGGACCACGGGGCCCUGCAGGCCCUGGACCCCAGGGCCUUUGCCCACUGCCCCCGCCUGCACACCCUGGACCUCCGUGGGAACCAGCUGGAUGCCCUGCAGCCGCUGCAGGGCCCGGGUCAGCUGCGCCGGCUGCGGCUGCAGGGGAACCCACUGCGGUGCGACUGCCGGGCUCGGCCCCUGCUCCAGUGGUUGGCGCGUGCGCGCGUGCGCUCGGACGGCGCGUGCGGGGAGCCGCGGCGCCUGCGCGGUGAGGCCCUGGACGCCCUGCGGCCCUCGGACCUGCGCUGCCCCGGAGCCGGGGCGGAGGAGGAAGAGGAGGAGGUGGCGGCCGCGCGGCCCCGUGUCCCUGACGGCACCUCCAAGGAGAAGGCUGGGGCGGCCAGGCCCUGCCCUCGCGCCUGCGUGUGCGCCCCUGAGUCCCGGCACAGCAGCUGUGAGGACCGCGGCCUGCAGGUCGUGCCCCGCGGCUUCCCCAACGACACCCAGCUCCUGGACCUGAGGCAGAACCACUUCCCCUUGGUGCCCCGAGAGGCCUUCCCGGGCCUGGGCCAGCUGGUGUCGCUGCACCUGCAGCACUGCGGCAUCACAGAGCUGGAAGCAGGCGCCCUGGCGGGGCUGGGCAGCCUGCUCUACCUCUACCUCUCGGACAACUCGCUCUCCAGCCUCAGCGCUACCUCCCUCGAAGGGGCGCCCUGCCUGGGCUACCUGUACCUGGAGCGCAACCGCUUCCUGCAGGUGCCAGGGGCCGCCCUGCGCGCCCUGCCCAGCCUCUUCUCCCUGCACUUGCAGGAAAACGCUCUGGACCGCCUGGCACUGGGGGACCUGGCAGGCAUGCGGGCCUUGCGCUGGCUCUACCUGAGUGGGAACCGCAUCACCCAAGUGUCCCCCGGGGCACUGGGCCCCGCUCAGGAGCUGGAGAAGCUGCACCUGGACAGGAACCAGCUGCGAGAGGUGCCCACUGCGGCCCUGGAGGGGCUGCCUGCCCUCCUGGAGCUGCAGCUCUCGGGGAACCCGCUCAGGGCCCUGCAAGAUGGGGCCUUCUGGCCCGUGGGCCGCUCGCUGCAACACCUUUUCCUGAACAGCAGUGGCCUGGAGCAGAUUUCUCCGGGGGCCUUCUUGGGCCUGGGGCCUCGGCUCCAGAGCCUACAUCUGCAAAAGAAUCAGCUGCAGGCCCUGCCCGCCCUGCCUGGUCUCAGCCAGCUUGAGCUCAUCGACCUCAGUGGCAAUCCCUUCCACUGUGACUGCCAGCUGCUCCCACUUCACAGGUGGCUCACUGGGCUGAACCUGCACGUGGGGGCCACCUGUGCCGCCCCUCCCAGUGCCCGUGGCCAGAGUGUGAAGGCUGCAGCUGCUGUCUUUGAAGCCUGCCCGGGCUGGGCUGCCGGGAAGGCCAAGCGGACGCCGGCCCCCAGGCCUAGUGCCCAGAGGACCCCCAUGAAGGGAAGAUGGCAGGGAGCGAACAAGGUGGGGAAGGAGGGGGUCGGCCUCUGAGCACCGGAGCCGCCCCCAACCUCGACCCCGCGUGGGAGGCUCUUACUUUCAUCAGGAACGGGCUCCGACGAGAUCUUCUCUGCCGCCUGCAGGUCGUCCUCCAGCAGGGGCUUCUUGGACCCCUGUCUGAGGGGCCGGGUCUUGGUUGGUGGUAUUCUUUUUCCUUUGAAUAAACACAGAAUUAAAUCCGG